AUGGUCCGGAAGCGGCAGGAGGAGAACAAUAUUUCCACGGAUCUGGUGCAGACAGUGAUUGUGACAGCGACGACACCCACACCAGCACGAGUAGCACAACCACAGCAUCCAGUUCACGCAGUCCGGUGGACCCCCUCGAACCCUGGAUCGAUUGGAUACGGCGCACGAUUACGCAUAUUGAAGGCUAUUGCCACCAGAUGGGGUAUGAAGAUUGGUGCGCACGGCAACGGCGACUACAAUGGAGACUGUUUGUUUCCACGAUCAGCGACAACGUUUGCAAAUGGAGCCGGAAGGCGACAUUCUGGGAUCCAGCCGCGACCGAUAAACGUGCAAGGAGGUUGCCACACCGACCCAACAAGAGGUGGCUCGACGACAUUGCCAGAUUCAUACGCACGGCUUCCGGAAAGGACUGGCAAACAAUUGCGCCAGAUAGUAUUCUAUGGUCUCAAAUGGAGGAACGGUACGUGCAGGGACAACAUCGUAUUCAAGGUGAGUGAGCUUGCUGGCCGGUUCAGCGUCCUCUUCCUUUUCCUCCCUUCCCCCUUGGUUGUACAUUGUUUUACACAUUUGUCCGCGCCGACCAAACGCAGGGAGGCUGCGGAGGUCGAGCUGCGCUCUCGAGGAGCGCCGCUGCUGGGGGCGACCGGCGAGCUCCUGGCCAGGUGGCGGGCCCUGGCGGAGACGGCGGAGGAGGAGGAGCAGGCCCGGCUCCACGGGCGUCUGCUCGAGGAGCGGGGCACCGGCAGCCGCGAGUACUGGCGAGGGGUCGAGGAGCUCAUGCGGAAGAGCAAGGCGGCCCAGCUCAAGGCGGCCGCGCUCCAGGCGGCGCCCGAGCACAUCGCCACCGUCGCCUCGCCCCAGCACUCCAGCCGGGCCUCCGCCGCCCCGGGCCCCGGGCACGAGCGGCUGCGCGUCGUCGACGUGGACGACGAAGACGAGGGCGAGGAUGAGCUCGACCUGGACAUGUUCGCGAAGCUGGUCUUGGAGGAGUUCUCGGUCUCCUUUCACAAUCUCGACACCUUCAGGGAUCUGCUCGACCUCUUCGGCAUCCCGCCAGAGCAGGAGAUCCGGGGCCGGGCCUUCCGGGCCUGGGAGCGCGCCGUGCAGGUGAGGCGCGACGAGGCCGUGGCUCGCCGCAUGCAGGAGGGGCCGCGGGGGGUGGUCGUGGACGUCGAGGAGAGCCAGCAAGGCGCGGGCGCCGCGGGCGCCGCCGCCGCCGGCCGGGGGCCGCCGCCGAAGCGGGCGCGCUCGUGGUCGGAGCUCCAGGGCCCCAUCGCGGUGGACUCCCAGGGCGCCUCCGAGCAGGGCGGCCCCCCGGAGCUCCUCGCCGACGCCCCGGCGGCCACCCGCUGCGGCGCGGCGGGCGCCGUGGCUGGCACCGGGCCGUGCUGCCCAGCCAGCGCGAGUGCGGGCGGCAGGGACGAGGCUCUGGCGGAGCCGCCGCUGCCAGGUGCUGCCGCGGACGAGGAUGCUGCAAGCAGCUCCUCCGUGAUCGAGGCGUCGCGCGGGAACUCGUUCGGGCCCGACUCCGACUCCGACAGCGACCUCGAGAUUGCCUUCCCGAGCGCGCGCGUUCGCGCGCCGGAGCCUUGCCUGCCGGCGGGGCGGCCGUUGGCGGCCAUGGGCGCCGCCAGCCGCUUGCCGGCGCUGGGGCUGAGCUGGGCGGCGCUGGCGCGCAGGGGGGCGGCACAGGACGCCGCCGCCGGCCUCAUGUGCCAGUGCGAGAUGCAGGACAACCAUUGGCGGCGGCAGCACCAGUGGUGCGUCCUGACCCACGUGCAGGACCUGCCGCAGGCCCUCCAGGACCCGCAGCACCCGUCCACCGCCUGGGUGCUGCGGCAGGGCUGCGCCGAGGACGCCGGCGCGCUCCCGAACAGCGAGGCCGCGCUGGACAUCGGCGACGUGCUGCGGCUGCGGGACGGCGCGCUGCAGGGCGGCGGCGGGCAGGGCCUGGAGGGCCUGUGCCUGCCCGGGCAGGUGGCCCUCGCCAUGGUUUGCACACAGCAGUGGCUGGUGAAGGGCUCCCUCAUGGGGAUCGUCAAGUGGGCUGGCAGGAUGACGGAGCUGCUGAGCGUGUGCAUGGAUUGCAUGGACGCGCACAGUCCGCUGCCGCUCCGGCGGGCAGACUUCGAGCGGUACGUGGCGGUGUUCCAGCAGGGGAUCGCGAAGCCGGAUACCCCCGGCUUCCUCGCCGCCUUCGCCUUCCCGUUCCGCGCGCGGCGGAAGGAGCUCGCAGAGGCCGGCGCGCCCCUGCACGAGUGCCUGCCGCUGCGGGACCCGACGUGCUUCCCCCGGGGCACGCUCAACGCGCUCGAGAGCUGCACGCUGUGCUGCACCCCGCAGAUGGGCCCCGGCGGCAACCCCGCCUGCUGGGACGGCGGCUUCACCCACGAGAGGUGCUGCCAGGCCCCUGCCCCGCCGCCGCCCGCCGCGGCCGCGGCCCAGGGCCAGUGCCAGGGGCAGGAGGAGCGGAACAGAGAGCUCCGGGCCAGCCUGGAGGAGCAGGCCGCGGCCUCUCUGGAGCAGGGCAGGGCCAUCGCCGGCCUCCGGGAGGAGCUCCGGGCCUGCGCGCAGGGGCGCGGCGAGGAGGCGGCCGCCGGCCGCGAGGCGGAGGGGCAGGGCGGGGCGCGCGGGGGCCUCGAGGAGGAGCUCAGGGUCUGCGCGGAGGAGCUCGACAGGGAGCGCAAGAGCGGUGCGGAGAAGGACGCCAAGAACGCCGCCUUACUGCUGGACGUCGAGCACGCCCAGAAGGCCAGAGAGGCCAGCAGCGCCGCCCGCGACCAGUGCUCCCAGAAGGUCGAGGAGGAGCAGGCCGAGGCAGCGGCGCUGAAGAAGCGCGCAGACGGGGCCCUCCGGCUCGGCAACGAGGCGGCGGCCUGCCUCGCCUCCUCGGGCGGGCCCUCUCGGGAGGCUGCGGUCAGGCCACGGACCCUGCCAGCACGGCAGCACGCCGGGGGCACCACCAGCACCCCCCCGUGA